UAACUUAAAUGAGAAGGCAGCAAUGGAAAGAUCGUAGCAUCAUAUAUCUGGGAUUAAAUGGCUUCAUUUCAUUUCUCCGACGAGCAAACAAACAAACAAACAAAUCUCUGGCGGCCAUCAUCCUUCCAAGUUCCAACACCCCUCCCCCCCGCUCUCUCUCUCUCUCUCUCUCUCUGGUGGUGUCUCUUCCUUCUUCGUUCUCCCCUGGUCGUGUCGGCCCUUUUUCUAUCUGGUAACCCUAACUCUAAUCCAAUUACUGCUUUCGCCGGGAACAAAAAAAAAAAAAAAAAAAAAAUAUGUCGGGGAAAGGAGCCAAGGGUUUGAUUAUGGGCAAGACCCCAAGCACCGCCACUAAAGACAAAGACAAAGACAAGAAGAAACCCAUCUCUCGCUCUUCCCGUGCUGGUCUCCAGUUUCCAGUUGGUCGGAUCCACAGGUUACUGAAAUCAAGGACUACGGCGCAUGGGAGAGUGGGAGCCACGGCUGCCGUCUACACUGCAGCUAUCUUGGAGUACUUAACGGCAGAGGUGUUGGAGCUCGCGGGCAAUGCCAGCAAGGAUCUCAAGGUAAAACGUAUCACCCCCAGACAUUUGCAGCUUGCAAUUCGAGGAGAUGAAGAACUUGACACCCUUAUCAAAGGAACUAUAGCUGGUGGAGGUGUGAUUCCGCACAUCCACAAGUCACUCAUCAACAAAUCAUCCAAGGAAUAGAUUAACCCGGAAGAGAGCACCGGUAGCUUCUUUUUGCCUACCUUCUCUGUUGAUGAUGAUAAAGUCUGCGAUUGCCGCAACUAAAAAUGUGGAUUUGGGUUCAGUUUAUGCUUACCUGAGUUGAUGUAACUAAAUGGUCUGCUGUAUUAGUGAGAAGUGACAUUUGAUCCGUUUAGAUGUCUCUGGUUUAAUUAGAAUAAACCUUCUUGGAUUGGUAUGA